GGAGGUGAGUUGUGUCUGUGCUCCUGUCUCAGCUUUUAGCUUAAAUAAAGGGGCAGGGAUCAGACUGGUGACCCAGCUGCUCAUGAGUGCUGGCACGCCGUCAUCCCGGCUUUUUGUCACGGCCUGCUGGAAACAGGACUUCUAGAAUAGCAAAAUGUCUGGAAGGCUGUGGUCUAAGGCGAUUUUUGCUGGCUACAAGCGAGGCCUCCGAAACCAGAGGGAACACACAGCUCUUCUCAAAAUUGAAGGAGUCUAUGCUCGAGAUGAAACUGAAUUCUAUUUAGGCAAGAGAUGUGCCUAUGUGUACAAAGCAAAAAACAACACAGUAACUCCUGGUGGGAAACCCAACAGAACAAGAGUGAUUUGGGGAAAAGUUACUAGGGCUCAUGGAAACAGUGGGAUGGUUCGAGCCAAGUUCAGAAGCAAUCUUCCUGCCAAGGCCAUUGGACACAGGAUCCGAGUGAUGCUCUAUCCCUCAAGGAUCUAGAAUAUGAAAAUCUACUAAAUAAAAUUACACAUUUUUUGGAAAUGUAUAUUUUGUUUUGAAUGCCUUUUUCUUAUUCAAAAUCUAUUUGUUGGCAAUUUUAAAAAAUAAAUUUUUCCUGAUGUCUUUUGCUUUUA